GCACAGACUUAGUCUGAGAAUGAGAGGGCAAACCUCAUAAUUAUGAUUAUAGAUAUGAAAGAUGUAGCAGUAAUAUUUUAAUGCUACAUUCAUUUUUUGCCAUCACCUAAAACACUCUUAAACGGUGCUUUUUCCAGACAAAUUAGUGAAAAAGGACCGUUUUCCUGCCCACUGGGAUACAAGUGAGGUGCAUGGCAAAAGUUAAUAUUCAACGACCACGACCACGACACGAGGCUAGACGUUUAUUUGAAGAAGUUACAAAACCGAUUGUUGUUUCAGGAGCAAGUUCCUGAUUAUGAAGUUUGUGCUCGGAUCAGACAGGAAAAAAUGCAAGCAUUGCAACAGGUUGAUCCCUAUGAAAACUUUCUACUUAAACAAUGUAAAAAAAUGUUAUUCAGUCAUCGCAUGCUGGCAGUUUGUCAAGCACUUCCUAUGACUGGACCAACUGAAAGAGCAGUGAAGAACAAACUUUUAAAUAAUGGGAUGAAAUUACAAUUUUUCAACAACAGACUUAUCAGACAAGCAGUUGAAGGCACGCCCCUUACAAAUCUGAAGUCAUUCUUGGUUGGUAAGAACUAUCUCGUGGUGAGCACAGAGCCAUGUGUUUCUGCUUUGAUAAAAACACUUCGCUCAGUUCCAGAAUUAAUUCUUUUAGGUGGGCUGGUUGAUAACUACCUUUUAUCAAGAGAAGGUUUUAACAAGUACUUUAAGCUUCCAGAUCUUGAUACAAUGAGAGGAGAACUGGUAACCAUACUUGGUUCUUCAGCAUCACUUACACACACAUUAUUAGGAAACCAGCAACUGCUGUUGUCUGUAAAUUUACAACAGUAUGUAAAACAGAGCCAAGAUAAUGGUGAUGUGUGCUGACAUCAUUCACUCUGUGAUCGAGGAACUUAGUGAAGAGAUAGAGUUGCAACAAGAAUAUUUUCGAGUUGAUGUUUUAGUUUUUUUCUUCAGGAAUGUUGUGUGAGUGUAUGAUAUGUAUGUAUACGAAUGUUUUGUAAAUUUAACAUGACCAUUUGAUGUAGUUUUUAACAAUGGAUUUCCAUGGUUGCAUCAAAAUGCAGGAACCAAAUUAACGGACAGUUCUUUGGUCAAUAAAAGCUGUAUAAUAACUGGCUGUUAAUGUGGUUUGGCUUUUGAUGUCAUCGUGAAGCUACUAUUAAACUAUUGUUAGUUGUGUCUUUUCACUGCUUUGUGCCUAAAAUUAAUUACAGCUUGGUAACAUU